GCAGCCCGCCGCCAAGUAGCAUCGACACAAAGUUGAACAAGACCAUUACGAUGGCCAGUGUCUUCAAGAACUCGUACACUGUGUCCCAGAGCGACUCUUGCUGCUGCUGCCGUUGCUGCCUGCGUGGCUGCUGGCUGCCGGUUGCAGUGGCCGGUGCAGCCGACUCUGCGUCCUUGCUACCCUCCGAAGCAGCCUCUGCAGCAACCGUCCCUCUCUUCCGCAACUCUGAUUUCAGCGCCUUGUCAUCCACCAUUUUUUGCAAAAAAAAAAACUUAUAUAAUGUCUAAACAAGAGCUGAGCUGAAGAGGAUAGCUGAGGAGGUCGUGAAACGUUGUUGCCUAAAGCUUCCUGUGCUGCUGAGCAGCGCCAAAAGCGCUGGCUCUACGAUCGCCGGUAAACCUGCUAAACUGCUUUCCUCUCUUUGCAUUCCCUUUCUUUCUGAAUUUCAGCAAACUUGCCAUAAAGUAUAACUUCUUUUUUUUUUUUUUCCUAAGCAGAAUGAGCGAGUUUGAGUCUCUUCUGUUCCUCUCCAAGGAGGUGUUCGUGUAUCAGAUCCCGCCGCGGCAGGCCAACGCCGGAUACCGUGCGACAGAAUGGGACGUAGAUAAUCCGAUAUUCAAGGCCCGACUGCGCGUGCUGCUGGCCGGCGAGGAAAAGUGCGUGGUGCGGCUCGAGGACAAGAGCACAGGCGAGCUGUUUGCUGCCUGCCCCGUCGACCCCAAGGGUCUGGCCGUUGAGCAGGUGCUGGACUCGAGCCGGUACUUUGUGCUGCGUGUGCAGGACGAGGCCACCGGCAGCAAAAUGUACAUUGGGAUUGGAUUCCUCGACCGCUCUGAGGCAUUCGACUUCAACGUUGCUCUGGAGGACUUCCGCCGAUCGCUGGUCCCCGCUGAGACUGGCGGCUCUGGGAAUGCCAGCGGUGCCACUGCGCUGGCCGCUGAGCCGAAGCUGGACUUUUCGCUCAAGCCCGACCAGAAGAUCACUGUCAAGAUGGCUGGAUUCAAGAAGAAGAAACCUGCAGCGUCCGGACAGACUCCGGCGGCAGCGUCGUCGGACAACCCAUUCUUCAUUCCGCCGCCACCACCGCCGGCGGGUGGCCGUCGAUAGACAACCCCCUCCUCUGCCUCUUACGACGCCUAGCGGCCUGAUCUUGCAAAAAAAAAAAUACAAUACUUGCUAGCACCUCUAGGCUGACGUGCUGUGUAGGCGAAAGGUUC